AUGGACAUAGAAUUACUCACCAUUUAACAAGAUGGCUUCUCUACAGCUUUUUAAUAAAGAAAUCAAAAAUCAAGCAUGGAAAUCCUAAUAAAAUAGAGCAAUUACAUAUGCCAUUCAAUAUGCAUCUAUCAAAUCAUGAAGUUUGUUUUAUUCUUAGCAUGUUACCAACAUACUCUAGCAUCUCCUCUGCGCAAUGCUAUUUUUUUCACUUUCAUGCAUGAUGUUAUUACCUUCCUCUUCUACAUGAUUCUUGAUGCAUUGGCCAACAAAUUUAGUUACUAAGAACUUUUUAAAGAAGAAGAUUAAGUUUUAAACAUUUUUGAAUUGAAUCACAGCUUAAUUUUUUUGACUCUUUAGGAACUUCUUUCAUUUUUUAGACCUAUGAAUGGAAUAGUUCUUCUCUAUAAGAUCUAAUAAAAGAUGUUUAAGUAUCCUCUAACCAUAAUCAGAAUACUGUAUUACUUCACUUCAGCUUAUUACUUCAUUUAAUUGUCAAAUAGUCCUCAAGAAUAGAGUUUCCUAAUAAUGGAACAAAUCCUAGAAUUGAUUAUAUCCUGGGUUACAACAUUAAUUAUAAUGAUUUCUAUUGGAGUCAUUUUAGUUAUUAACAUUACUUUAGGAAAGUAGAUUGGAUUUAGAUUCUAAAAUAGAUUAUAACAAAGUAUAUCAAAUAAAUUUACUGAAAUAAAGUUUUAGGAUUUAAAUUAAUCUAUCAAGGCUUGUAAUUUAGAUUGCCCUAUUUGUUAUGAAUAAAUUAAUGAUGCUGAUACAAUUAUCCAAUUACCUUGUCAUUAAAAACAUUUAUUUCAUUCAUAAUGUUGCAAACAAUGGUUAUUCCAAGAUCUUCGAUGUCCCCUCUGUAGAAAUGAACUUGAAUGUAAUGCAAAAACUAAUAUUCAAACAGAGCUUGAAACUUCAUGA